CUACAAACUAAAUGCGUGUCUGCUCCACGCUACCUCAGUUUACUUCCGGUGUACCUGUUCAACUCUACCCAUCAUAGCAACGGGAAACCAUGGAAUUUGAUGAGGAGAAACUACCUCAGUGCCCAGCUGGAUCAGCAGUGGGCAGGAGAAAGGGUGAGGAGUCCAGGAAUAAGACGGUUGAGUUGACGUUGGGGAUGAAAACAUCCAAACCUGUAGUGUCGUUUGAACUUUCUUCGUGUUUUUGUAAGGACAGCGAAUCCUGCAUGUGCAAAAAUAGGCUUUUUGACUCUCCAUCACCACUCUGUCUUUCACCAGCAACUGCUGCAGCACAAACACAGAUGCUGAGCACAGAGCCCGAGGCCACGGCGCUGAUAGCAUGCAGGCAGCUGACUGAUGGGAACGAGGCGGCCUCUCUCAGGGACCAAUCUCCUCUGCCAAUACUAACACUGAAAGGGACUGUAAGUUUGGAACGCUCCGACCCCAGAAGGCCCCCAUCAGUUCAUGCAUCCAUCACUGGAACAGCCUCAGUAUCAGCUGCUGAUCAGAAUGAAGCCCCCGGAAUGAGCCUGAAUUUGUCUAAAGAGGGGAAAAAAAGGCAGUAUUACCAAGACCUGUGCCUGCAGGUAGAAGAAAGGAAACAACAGGUGGAAAAGGAGAGACAGAAAAAGGCUGUUGACGAUCAAAAACACAAUGAGACCCAGCAGCAAACCUGGGGGAUGCCAAGAAGUGGUGCCCAAAACCACCAGCAGGGUACAGUGAAACGGAGCAGAAACCUCGACACUGCUGGGAUUUUACCCCAGGAGCAGAUCCGUGAUAGAGGCUUCACUGGGACCCCCUUCCACCGCCUCUGAAAUGAAGACCAUAACAUCCCCGAACUGAGGGCUACGGAGCAGACAGGCAAAAAGUAAUCUCUCUGCAGACAUCGGAUAUUUGGGCUGUUUCAGCAGCAAAUUCUGAUGGUUGCAAAGAAUUACAGAAUGUAAAUAAACUUCAACCGAAAAGUCUAAAAUGUGAACAACCCGAGAACUCUAAAUCCAAGAGAAGCCUUCAUUGAUUUUUAAUAAGGAAUACAUAUAAGUCAUUUAAAGCAAGUCCAAGUCGCCUCUUAAUUUUACAUAGACACUCAAAAAAGACAUAUUUAAAUAACAUAAUCAUACCAUUGUCACUAGAAAGUACAAUCUUGCAGCAGUUUAGAUAAAGUCCAGUCCUCAAGGAACGGUUUGGCAUUUUGAUGAGAUGAGAAGAUUGAUACCCCUCUCAAGAGUUAUUCAUCUUAUCAUCAACUCCCAUCAAGCAAGCGAAGAGGAGCAUCAUUUCCCAAAAAUGUCCAACUAUUCCUAUUAAUUCAAAAUUGAAUAUUAAGAGUUCUAAUGUUAGGAGGAAUAGGAAAUGAAAUCAGAAACCCUAUUUUACAAGGCAACUGUGAGCUUGACUGGAACAACAUUGAAACAUGAGUUUUAAAGUUGUGUUUCAUAAUAGUCACGACACAAACUCUGCAAAGAUUGAUCCUGCUUUGCUUGAAAGUUUGAGAUGACAUCAGCCUACACAGGUCAGUGAGCGUUGUGUUUACUGAUUUAAAUCCUACUGUCGCCCUGAAUAUGUUGUUACUGUAAUUGAGUCGUACAUACACACAGCCUACAUACAGUUAUAAACAGCCAUAUUGUUUGAAUGACAAAUUUCUCCCUAAAGUUUCCCAUUCCAGGUUAUCUCCAGAUAAUUAUACAGUGAAAAAAGGAUGAAUCAUCUUCAUGUAAUUGCAUGGCUCAGUUAGUGUGACGUGAGCAAGCUCUUAAUGGAAACAGUUUACUCAUACGCUGUGUGCAUGUAUUACGUUUAUACAGACCAAAGGGCUUUAUUAUGGAGGGCAGCAGCAGCUCUCCUCUUCAGUAGGGGGUAAUUAUGAUGUAGGGACAGUGAAAUACCAAUGGUUAGAGCGCAGGCUGGCGAGGUUGGUAAUUAUAACAUAAAGCACUUAAUUCUACAGAAGAUGUAUCUUUUGGGUCAUUGUUGCAGCACUUAACAAUUACACACUAAAAGCAGAAACAACUAUUCAACAUAUUAUAACUUUUUCUGAGCUUUUACCAACUAGUGAAUUAUGGUUGUUUAGUUGGGUGAAAGAAGAGUAUCAGUUUUAAAGGUAUUUCAUAAAUUCAUUAAUUUCCUCUUCUGGGUCAUCUGACGUGUUUCACUGAAUUACAAAUAUGGGAAACAUUCCACUUCAUUUUGCAUGACCAGCAUGAAAGAUCCAAACAGCAGCAGUUAGCUCGGGUCAAGGAAGGUCAGAGUUAAUAGUCGAUUACAUCAACAAGAGGGGAUUUAGCAUUUGGCUCAAGGGCAUUAAAGAGACUGAAGUAAAUUAGGGCUGAAGGAUGUCUAACUCUGGCUUGACCAUGUGUGUCAUAUCAGGUGGGUGAAAAAUCAUUACCCAUGCUGUUAAGUCACUGCAAUAAAGCUUAUAUGGCUCCUAUAUUCAGUGGUAACCUCACUAAAGCCUUCUUUAUACUUAGUCAUUUAUCAUUAUUAAACUCCUAGUUUAUUAGUUAUAUUCUCAAUAGGAUCUAUUGAUACUCCCUGUAAUAUAUUAAUGUAUGUAUUAUUUAAUUAAAGGGAAACAUGUGGUUUGGAUUGUUUUAAGUGGGGUUGUAUGAGGUACUAAUCCAUAGUCAGUGCAUUACCCAUGCUUUCUUCAUAAUCACCAGACUACAUUGACAAAAACAGACAUUUUAGCUCUUAUAACAAUGGGAUUGCUAUAGUCUACUGCUGCCUCGACUUGUUAGUUGUUUAUUUUGUGACACUGUUUUUAUGAUUAACCAAAGUAACACAAUAGCUAAUACAUGCUUAGCGAUUGUUACCAUAGCCUGAAUCUUACAAAGUUAUGCAUCACAAAUUAUUAUUCAAAUUAUAAAAUUCUGAAAUGGACCAAGGACCAUUAUACAUUAUAAGGACUUUCAUUUUUGGUAACCUACUUGUGUAGAUUUGGAAGCUUAUACUUUGUACAAUUUUGAAAACACUACUAUCAUUUGUGACAGAGUUUGUAUUACUCCCUAAACUAAGUGAAGGAUCUGAGUGAUUCUCUAGCUGCUGACCAUAUUGUAAAGUAGUGAGGAUGUAAAUGGUUAAUCUAACGGACUAUGCAGCGUUCCGUGGUGACGUCACACGCUGGUUUCAGCUGCUUUGGGUCGCAGCUCGUAUCAGGAGAAGAAGUUAGCUAGUACAAACUACUCUACAACUUUUACCCAUCAGAUCACCAGCUGAAACCACACGAACAUCUUUAAAA